GCUGUAGGGCUUAUAAGUAGCAAGUGUAUUAUUUUGUAUAAUACUGUAACCAACAUUAGAGCUUCAUAAAACGAGUUAUCUCCCAGAGCUAGUGUAAUUAUGUUUUGGACUAUUUUACUUAGCGGAAGCGUAGAGUUUUGGUUCUGGAGUGUUGUUUGGGUGCUACUGAACGAGAGCAGGCAGUGAAUUCAGGUGAUAUCAACGCAAGCCGGCGAGACCCCUGUCAUUGCACAUCGUAUUUUACUUUUGGGGGCGUUUUGGGGACUUUUAAUACAAUACAACAUUCAUUCCUCUUCGUGUCCCCUUCCCCUUUCCUUUUCUCCGGACAUUUGAAACAUAGAAAGCCUCAAGAAUGGCCCAGAUACUGCCGAUACGAUUUCAGGAACAUCUGCAGCUGCAGAACCUGGGGGUGAACCCGGCUAACAUUGGUUUCAGCUACUUGACCAUGGAGUCUGACAAGUUCAUCUGCAUCCGGGAGAAGGUGGGCGAGCAGAACCAGGUGGUGAUCAUAGACAUGGCCGACCCCAAUAACCCCAGCAGACGUCCCAUCUCUGCUGACAGUGCCAUCAUGAACCCUGCCAGCAAGGUCAUCGCCCUCAAAGCUGCUAAAUGCCUGCAGAUCUUCAACAUUGAGAUGAAGAGUAAGAUGAAGGCUCACACCAUGACCGAGGAAGUCAUGUUCUGGAAGUGGAUCUCUGUCAACACCGUCGCCUUGGUGACUGAAGCGGCCGUCUACCAUUGGAGCAUGGAGGGGGACUCGCAGCCCAUCAAAGUGUUUGAUCGGCACGCUAGUCUGGCCGGAUGCCAGAUCAUAAACUACAGAACAGACGAACAGCAGAAGUGGCUCCUCCUUAUAGGGAUCUCGGCACAGCAAAACCGUGUGGUGGGGGCCAUGCAGCUGUACUCUGUGGACAGGAAGGUGUCUCAGCCCAUCGAAGGCCACGCUGCAGCUUUCGGAGAGUUUAAGGUGGAGGGCAACACCAAAGCCUCCACUCUGUUCUGCUUCGCUGUGCGCAGCCAGGCUGGGGGCAAGCUGCACAUCAUAGAGGUGGGUCAGCCGGCUACAGGGAACCAGCCGUUUACUAAGAAGGCGGUUGACGUAUUCUUCCCUCCUGAGGCUCAGACAGACUUCCCCGUCGCCAUGCAGAUUGGCACCAAGCACGGUGUGAUCUACCUGAUCACUAAGUAUGGCUAUAUCCACCUGUACGACCUGGAGUCAGGAGUGUGUAUCUACAUGAACCGCAUCAGCGCCGAGACCAUCUUCGUCACCGCCCCCCACGAACUCACCUCCGGCAUCAUCGGGGUUAACAAGAAGGGACAGGUGUUGUCAGUGUGUGUGGAGGAGGAGAACAUAGUGAACUAUGCCACCAACGUGCUGCAGAACCCAGACCUGGGCCUGAGGAUGGCUGUGCGUUCUAACCUGGCCGGGGCUGAGGAGCUGUUUGCCAGGAAGUUCAACACACUGUUCGCCCAGGGCUCCUACUCCGAGGCUGCCAAGGUGGCCGCAUCCACACCCAAGGGUAUCCUGCGCACAGCGGAGACCAUCCGUAAGUUCCAGAGCGUGCCAGCCCAGCCGGGCCAGGCCUCUCCCCUGCUGCAGUACUUUGGCAUCCUGCUGGACCAGGGCCAGCUCAACAAGUUUGAGUCUCUGGAGCUGUGUAGGCCCGUGCUACAGCAAGGACGCAAGCAGCUGCUGGAGAAGUGGCUGAAAGAGGACAAGCUGGAGUGUUGUGAGGAGCUUGGUGACCUGGUUAAGGCAGUAGAUCCUACGCUAGCCCUCAGUGUCUACCUCAGGGCCAACGUACCCAGCAAGGUGAUCCAGUGCUUUGCUGAGACCGGACAGUUCCAGAAGAUAGUGCUCUACGCCAAAAAGGUGGGCUACUCUCCAGACUGGGUGUUUCUGUUGAGGAAUGUGAUGCGGGUCAGCCCAGACCAGGGUCUACAGUUCUCUCAGAUGCUGGUGGCAGAUGAGGAGCCCCUGGCCAACAUCAACCAGAUAGUGGAUGUGUUCAUGGAGGGAAGUCUGAUCCAGCAGUGUACCUCCUUCCUAUUGGACGCUCUGAAGAACAAUCAGCCAGCCGAGGGACACCUACAGACACGCCUACUGGAGAUGAACCUCAUCCACGCCCCCCAGGUCGCCGACGCGAUCCUUGGCAACCAGAUGUUUAGUCACUAUGACCGUGCCCACAUCGCCCAGCUGUGUGAGAAGGCUGGACUGCAACAGAGGGCUCUAGAGCACUACACUGACCUGUUCGACAUCAAACGGGCUGUCGUACACACACACCUGCUCAACCCUGAGUGGCUGGUGAACUUCUUUGGCGCCCUGUCAGUAGAGGACUCAGUAGAGUGUCUUCGGGCCAUGUUAUCAGCCAACAUCAGACAGAACCUUCAGCUGUGUGUCCAGGUGGCAUCUAAAUACCACGAGCAGCUGGGAACAAACACCCUGGUGGAGCUCUUUGAGUCCUUCAAGAGCUACGAGGGUCUGUUCUACUUCCUGGGCUCCAUAGUGAACUUCAGUCAGGACCCUGACGUCCAUUUUAAAUACAUCCAGGCGGCCUGUAAGACAGGGCAGAUCAAGGAAGUGGAGCGCAUCUGUAGAGAGAGCAACUGUUACGACCCGGACAGGGUCAAGAACUUCCUCAAGGAGGCUAAAUUGACAGACCAGCUGCCGUUGAUCAUAGUGUGUGACCGCUUUGACUUUGUCCAUGACCUGGUGCUCUAUCUCUACCGCAACACUCUGCAGAAGUACAUAGAGAUCUACGUUCAGAAGGUGAACCCCAGCCGUCUGCCUGUGGUGAUAGGAGGUCUGUUGGAUGUAGACUGUGCUGAAGACGUCAUUAAGAACCUGAUCAUGGUGGUGAGAGGACAGUUCUCCACUGAUGAGCUGGUGGCAGAGGUGGAGAAGAGGAACAGACUGAAGCUGUUGUUGCCGUGGCUUGAGUCUCGUAUCCAUGAGGGCUGUGAAGAGCCGGCUACCCACAAUGCCUUGGCUAAGAUCUACAUUGACAGUAACAACACCCCGGAGCGCUUCCUGAAGGAGAACACCUUCUACGACAGUGCUGUAGUGGGGAAGUAUUGUGAGAAGAGAGACCCCCACCUCGCCUGUGUCGCCUAUGAGAGGGGCCAGUGUGACCUGGACCUUAUCAAGGUGUGCAAUGAGAACUCCCUGUUCAAGAGUGAGGCUCGCUACCUGGUCCGACGGAAAGACCCAGAACUAUGGGCCAACGUUCUUGAGGAGAACAACCCUUAUAGACGCCAACUCAUAGACCAGGUGGUGCAGACCGCUCUGUCAGAGACCCAGGACCCAGAGGAGGUGUCUGUGACAGUCAAGGCCUUCAUGACAGCUGACCUGCCCAAUGAGCUCAUCGAACUACUGGAGAAGAUUGUAUUGGACAACUCCGUCUUCAGCGAGCACCGAAACCUCCAGAACCUGUUGAUCCUGACGGCCAUCAAGGCAGACCGGACGCGUGUGAUGGAGUACGUCAACCGCCUGGACAACUACGACGCCCCCGACAUCGCUAACAUCGCCAUCAGCAACGAGCUCUUCGAGGAGGCUUUCGCCAUAUUCAAGAAGUUUGACGUCAACACCUCCGCCAUUCAGGUCCUGAUCGAGCAUAUCAGUAACCUGGACAGAGCCUAUGAGUUUGCAGAGCGUUGUAAUGAGGCCGCGGUAUGGAGUCAACUGGCCAGAGCCCAGCUCCAGAGAGACCUGGUUAAAGAGGCCAUCGAUUCCUACAUCAAAGCUGACGACCCGUCAGCCUACAUGGAGGUGGUCAGCGCUGCCAGCAAGAACAAUAACUGGGAGGACCUGGUGAAGUUCCUUCAGAUGGCUCGGAAGAAGGCCAGAGAGUCGUAUGUAGAGACAGAGCUCAUCUUUGCUCUGGCUAAAACUGGCAGACUGGCCGAACUAGAGGAAUUUGUCAGCGGCCCUAACAAUGCCCAUAUACAACAGGUGGGAGAUAGGUGUUAUGAAGAAGGGAUGUACGAUGCUGCCAAGCUGCUGUACAAUAACGUGUCCAACUUUGCCCGCCUGGCGUCCACGCUGGUACACCUAGGAGAGUACCAAGCUGCUGUGGACAGCGCCAGGAAAGCCAACAGCACACGCACCUGGAAGGAGGUGUGUUGUGCGUGUGUGGAUGGGGAAGAGUUUCGAUUGGCUCAGAUCUGUGGUCUACACAUUGUUAUCCACGCUGAUGAACUGGAGGAGCUCAUCAGCUACUACCAGGACCGGGGUUACUACGAGGAGCUGAUAGGCCUGUUGGAGGCCGCGUUGGGUUUGGAGCGCGCUCAUAUGGGAAUGUUCACAGAGCUGGCCAUCCUCUACUCCAAAUUUAAACCCCAGAAGAUGAGAGAACACCUGGAACUCUUCUGGUCCCGCGUCAACAUCCCUAAGGUGCUGCGAGCGGCGGAGCAGUCCCAUCUGUGGGCGGAGUUAGUGUUUCUGUAUGAUAAAUAUGAGGAAUAUGACAACGCUGUCCUCACGAUGAUGUCACACCCUACGGACGCUUGGAAGGAGGUGCAGUUCAAGGACAUCAUUGCCAAGGUGGCCAAUGUGGAGCUGUACUACAAAUCCCUUUCCUUUUACCUGGACAACAAACCUCUGCUGACGAAUGACCUUCUGACCAUACUGUCACCACGGUUAGACCACAGCCGCACGGUCAGCUACUUCACCAAGGUUAACCAGUCGAAGUUGGUAAAGCCUUACCUGAGGUCAGUUCAGAGUCAUAACAACAAGGGAGUCAACGAGGCCCUCAAUAACCUGCUGACAGAGGAGGAGGACUACCAGGGUCUGAGGGCGUCUAUCGAUGCAUAUGAUAACUUUGACACCAUUGGUUUGGCCCAGAGACUGGAGAAGCAUGAGCUGAUUGAGUUCAGACGCAUCGCAGCAUACCUCUACAAAGGCAACAACCGCUGGAGACAGAGCGUGGAACUCUGCAAGAAGGACAAAUUAUACAAGGAUGCAAUGCUGUAUGCUGCUGAGUCUAAGGAUGCUGAGCUGGCUGAGACCCUGUUGCAGUGGUUCCUGGAGGAGGGCAGGAAGGAGUGUUUCGCUGCCUGUCUGUUUGCCUCCUACGACCUGUUGCACCCUGACGUGGUGCUGGAGCUGGCCUGGAGACACAAUAUCAUGGACUUUGCCAUGCCAUACUUCAUCCAAGUCAUGAGGGAGUACCUCACCAAGGUUGAUGAGGUUGAGGAGAAGGUGACGGUGGACAAACUGGAGGAGUCAGAAAGCCAAAGGAAGACUGAGGAAGAAGUCACAGAACCCACCCCCAUAGUUUUCGGUCAGCAGCUGAUGUUGACGGCAGGCUCGGCUCCAGUGGCUCCCCAGCCUGGAUACCCAGGAGGCUACGGAUACGCUGCCCCAGGCUACUCCCCCCAGCCCCCCUACAACAUGUAGACCACCUCUACCCCACCCAGCCCCCCUACAACAUGUAGACCACCUCUACCCCACCCAGCCCCCCUACAACAUGUAGACCACCUCUACCCCACCCAGCCUCCCUA